AUUUUAAUUGCCCACAAGACUGGAAACCCCUUCUGGCUGGCUCCUGCGCACAGAGAGCCACCUCGGCUCCCAGUCGGGGCGGGGACCGACCCGCCUCCUUGGCCCGUGGGUUCCAGCUCACGGCCUGCUUCAGCGAGAUUCCCCCGGGCUUUCCCGCCGAAGCCGGCGAUCGCGGGCGGCCCGGAGCGACGAUGGAAGGGCUGGUGUUCCGCUGGUCCUUGUGUCACCUGUCUGCCUACAGACUGAUGUGGCUCCUCGCAGCCGUGAGGCUCUGCAGGGCAGCGCAAGUGGUGACCCAAGAUGAAGAAGAGCUUCUAAACACACCUGCUUCCUUAAGAUGCUCUCUGCAGAAUUCUGAGGAAGUCUUAAUUGUGACAUGGCAGAAAAUGAAGGCUGUGAGCCUGGAAAACAUGGUCACCUUCAGCAAGAACCAGGGGGUUGUAGUCCAGCCUGCCUACAAGGACAAGAUAAACAUCACCCAGCUGGAACUCAGGAACUCAACCAUUACAUUCUGGAAUACCACGCUAGAGGAUGAAGGGUGUUACAAGUGCCUCUUCAAUACUUUUGGUUCCGGGAAGAUCUCAGGAAAAGCCUGCCUCACCCUCUCUGUACAGCCCACAGUGUUCCUUCGCUAUAAAUUUUUCGAAGACCACGUAAAUAUCACUUGCUCUGCCAAUGCCCGCCCAGCCCCUGUGAUCUCCUGGAAGGUCUCUGGGUCAGGGAUUGAAAACAGUACUGAGAUUCUCUCCCACCCCAAUGGGACCACGUCUGUCACAAGUGUCCUCCAGGUCCAAGACCCCAAGAGCCAAGUGGGGAAGGAGGUGAUCUGCCAGGUGCUGCACCUGGGGACUGUGACCAGCGUCAGGCAAACUUUGGACAAAGGCUUUUGGUUUUCAGUUCCACUAUUGUUAAGUAUUGUUUCCCUGGUCAUUCUCCUGGUCUUAAUCUCAAUCUUAUUAUACUGGAAACGUCAUCGGAACCAAGACCGAGAGCCCUAGAGAAGUCACACAGAACCCUGAAUAUUAUGUCCUGGUCUACUUGAAUCUGUUUCAGAAGAAAAGCAGGAGGAAAAGAGUCAUUCUCCAAGAAUGACAAAAGAGGUAGUAGUAAAAGACCUAAGAAUUUGACUAAUUUCUUCUGCCACGUAAGCGACCCAGUGCUGGUGAGCAUUCCAAAAGGAAGUCGUUUCCCCUCUCAAGUCUGUUGUAGGACUUGAUUUUGUGAAGCAGUGCAGUGCUGUGCCAUUGAAAGGACUCUGGAUCUGUAGCCACAACUCUGAGACGGACUCUGGCUCCAGCUGAUGGCAGCCCUGUGUUCAUCACUUUAUCUCAAUCAGCCUCCACAUUCUAUCCAGAAAAUUAAGACGUUGGACUGGAUCAUUUGCCAUUCUGCUCUAAAACCCGAUGUAAUUCCAGGAAAGAAAAGGGAUAACGAAAUGAAAAAGAGAAAGGAAAAUACAGAAAGAUGUUGAGGACCAAAGAACUUUUCUGAGACUACCUUUUACCUUUCUGUUGAUGUUCCUUCUCUUUUUCCAUAUUAUUCAUGGUCCGUGAGUCUGUUUCCUCACAACAUUGUGAAUAGCUGGUCUUUCUAAAAUCCUUGGUUUCACUGCUAUUCUUCCUGUUCUUCUGUGAUGUUUACCACAAUGAAUAUGGGACUGAAUUUAUUGCAAAAUAACAUUGGGAACCUUAACUUUACUUAUCUAUUUUUAUAGAAGAAUAAGCAUUGUUAGUCCAGCAGCUCGCAUGUUUUAAGAAGCUUGCAUUUCCUGCCCCAUUUGACUCAUAAGAUGACCCAGCCCUAUUUUAGUCAUUGUGACCUCAAUCUAGUGUAAUGAAAAUAUAUGAUAAAAAUAGACAUUUAGGAAGUUUUGUAAA